AUGGCACUCGCGACCUCCAGGUCUUGUGCCUUCCGUUGCUGCAACGGCUUUAUGGUCUGCGUUCCGGCUUUCCUCCAUACCUCUGCUAUGGGCAAUGCUGCGAGCACCGAGCCUUUGGACUCGAUUGGCCCUUUCUGCCUGGAGUCUGUCGAGACAAUCGACGAGGACGAGAGUGGAGAGGAGCACCCUACAGGGAUCCAGUGCCAGGUCCUUCUCGUCGAUCUGGACGAGAGCCUCCUUUCCUCGAUGGAGCCCUUCGAUCCGGUGACGGACCUGACGGUCAUGCCUUCCUCAACUGGGGACGGCGGCGAACGGCUCGCCUUCUACACCGCAGGCGAAGAGAUGGAGGAGGCCCAGGUCACGGCUUUGGCGGGCCUGCUGCCCGGCCUUGUGGAUCAGGUCAACUCGGUGGUAGACCGACAAAAUGCAAUGGAGAAGGCGGGCCAGCCCCUCUCACCUCCGACCUUGGCGGUAACCGCUCCGGCUCCAUCGGCCUUGCCGCAGCCCGUUCCGUUGCAGUUCCCUCCAGCAGGUCAGGCAGGUCAGGCAAGCCAGGCGAAGGCCCUAGGUGCUUUGGCGAAGGUGCUGCCCUUGCCCGCAAAGGUCCCAGGUGCACUGCCAUUUCAGGCUCCUCCUCCGCAGGCGACCCUGGCCGAUCCUGACUUGGCUGCAAGCUCGGGCUCUCAGAGCUCCUCUUUGGCAAAGGCCCUGACACAACAAGGCGAGGCCCUCUCGAUGCUGGUGGGGCACCUAGUUAUAAUAGUUGCCCAAGGCGAGCACUUAGACUUGUCGAGCUCGUCGGCCGGCCUCUCUGGCAAAGGGACAGCAAAGAGGGAGAAGCUCCAACAGGAGAUGCAAAGCCAAGGCCGGCUGUCUCUUGUGACCUACUUGGAGAGGCAGGGUGGAUACGCCCACCAGCGAAACAUGGGGAUCCAUAUGCUGAUGCUGACGCCUUCCUCCGCGGCAGCGGCCGACAACGGCCCUCCGUGCAUUCUCUCCUCUAGAAGGAUGCUGUGCAGCCGGGCCGCAGCCAGCCCAGAGAAGGAGAAGAUGGUAGGCCGUGCCGGCGUCCCUUUUAAGGCCCGCACGCCCUUCUCCUAUUUUCUUUCGAGAACUUUGCACCUUUGCCGGCGCGGUGGUUCCCCCCCGGCUUCGGUCCUCUUCCCGCUCCCCGUACCAUACCCUGGCAUGUUCCGGAGCACUUCCUUUGUGGGCUCCCGCCGUCGCACCUUGACCGCUGAACGGAGGCUUUUGCACAUCUUGGUGAUGGCCCUCAACUAUCUUCUUUACAACGACUGUUCUUUUGUGCCGGUGCACCUCUUGCAACGAGAGCCUAACCGUGCUCAGUGGCGGUGCCUGUGCUACAUGGGGAAGCUGAUCAGGACCUACGGUAGCGAGCUGGAGGGAGUAAUACCUUCCACCGCCGGCCGUCGAAUGAGCGCUUUGCGUGCCCGCCUUGGUGAGCUUUCGGAGAAGCUCACAAAACUGGGCCGACCUUCUCCAACUGAGUGGCACGGGCUCCCAUCCGACCCCGGUGAAACACUGCGCCUUGCCCGGCUCUGGUCGUCCAUGGGCCUCUUGUGCCUCGAGCCCUUUGACCCCAGCCUGCCGGAGCACUGCUACACGCGCAUCUUUUGCGCAAAGAAAAGCUCGGGCAAGCUUCGCCAGAUAGGCGUGGGCCCAACGGAGGGUUUCGCUCUGUGCGUGACUGAUCGACGUGAUUUUUAUCACCAGCUCCAGAUCAGCAAGCAGAAAGCAAGGACGAACCGGCUUCGGCCGCUUAUCCCCGCUAGUGAGGUUGCCGGCCUUCCGGCUUGGGAGGCGUUGCUUUCGGGGGCUGAUCCUGCAGUCUUGCCCUGCCCUCUUGCGAAAGGGCUCUCGCCAGCUGGGUGCCCGAGCGCGGGCCGCUCUUCGAGCCCUCCUUCCUAUGUCCAGGCUUGCUUCGCCUCCGUUCUGCAAGGUGACCACCUGGGGGUUGAGCAUGCUACGUGUGCCCACGCGGGCCUUCUGAUGUCGGAGGGUUUGCUCGACUUCCACAGCCGGCUCGUUGCUCACAGCCCGGUGGUCGACGCUGUCUGCCACGACGGCCUGAUCAUCGACGACUACUUUUCCAUUUCGAAGGUCCCCCGAGCCGACCAUGACAAGCUGGAACCUGCCUCUGACACGGCUGCCCGAGACCGGCUCCAACAUGCGGGAGAUCUACCUCCACCACUCUCUGCAAGGUUUGAAAAUGCAAACGUUGCGUCCAUAGCAGGUGCCGAGAUCGACUCCCGGACGGCCACCCUGGAUAAGCAGCUCUGUGUCGUUGGGGCCCCUCGCUGCAAGAGGCUCGCGCUCAGUGAUCUCACCGCGCCUCGUGUGUUGCCUCUGCCACGCCGCUGUGCGGAGGAGCUCUUGCUUGCGGCCGCUUUGGCCCCCGUUGCCUGUGCUGAUGUGGCGGCCCUGGUGUGGAAGACUGACCGCAAACGGGGUUAUGCACGGAUCGCCUCGCCUGCGCGAGUGCUGCUAAAGAGGGCCGAUCCUUUCUGGGAGGAUGAGGUAAAGGAGCAAGGGCCAUUGGACUUGAGCUUGGCUUUGGGCCCUUUGCUCGACCCGGCCGUGUCUCCUUACUUCUCCUUGACGGUCCCUAGGCUGAUAGAGUGGGUCUUCUUUCUCAUUGAAGAAGACCGGGUCCGGUGCAUCUACAUUGUGCCUCCGCUCCAGCCUCGGCGCCCCAUCUUGGGUGGAUCCUCUGGCCCUGCCGACCGCGCUCUGCGGCUCUGCCCGGACGAUUGGGCCUGGGUCUCGCGCUCCCUGCUCCAAGGCGAAGGUGUGGUCCAGACUGAGGGACCUCCCGGGCUCCACCGACACAAAAGAGUACAGGGCCGCUACGGGACCGCUUCUGCGCCCAUUACCCCCGGCCUGGCCCACGCGAUUGGGUCCAGCUUUGAUGCCUCCCUUCGGGCAAAAGUGAGCCGGCUCGCCCAAGCCGAUCUUCGUGUUGAAGGCCUGGAGCGGAUUGCUUCUUCGGACCUUGCCCUCUCCCUUGACUGGAGAGUUGAGCAAGCUUGGCCAUGGAAGGGGCAGGUCCACAUUAAUAUCCUCGAGUCCUCCACCAUUGCCCGCCUCCGCCAUUCAGCCCGACGGGCUUCCGCCAUCAGUCUGGCUGCGGGCCUCUAUCAUGGUGGGUUGUUCUGCCCGACCCGUUGGAUUCCAGCCGAUGCCCCUUCACGCUCGAAGCCUCUGCCGGAGCCUGUCAAGAGCCUUGGCCCGGGAGUUUGGAAUCAAGACAGGUUCUACGAGGAUGCUCGCCGACCCCGGCUCCGCCGCUGGGCUGCCAACUGGCUUCGUCUUGCCUUUGUGCUCCAGCCUUCCCUUGCUGAUCUGAAGACUGCCUCUUUUGAGAGCCGGUGGACUUCCGUUCCCUUCCGUGCCUUCACUGCCUCUCGCCCGUUCGACUCGACGUUGGGCUUUUGGGGCGAGGGGCCCUCCUUCGGCGCCCGAUGGUCUUUCCUUGUGCCCUGGCUGCUCUGCUUUCCGGCCCCCCUUUCCUCAGGCAGGCUUACCUUCAGGGUCUGCGGAUUGGGGUUUGUAGCUUUUGCGCCUGCGGUUGCAGCCAUGGAAACCAGAGCUCUGAAAGCAGAGGCCGAGAGGAGACUGUUUCGUACCGGUCUCGAGCUGGAGAGAGGUCGCCCGGUUCAGCAGACGACGAGGAACCGCCGCGGAAAACUGAAAGCUGCUUUCGAAGACUGGCUUUUCGAUAGAGGCCGCACCUGGGAAGGACUGAGAGCUCUAGGGAGGAGCGACGUCGACCAGCUCAACGAGGUCCUUAUUUGGUAUGGCCAGUGGCUUUUUGAGGAGGGAAAGCCAUACUACCAUUACGCUGAGACCUUGAAUGCUUUUACUCUGGACUGCCCCUCUGUGAGGAGACUUCUUCAACCAGCUUGGGAUUUGGCUUUUGCCUGGCAACGACAUGAGCCUCCGACGCACCACACUGCUAUGCCUUGGCAAGUGCUUCUUGCCCUCAUGGCAGUGUGCUACGUCUGGGGCUGGGACGAUGUCGCUGGGCUCCUAGCCCUUUGCUGGGGAGGUUUGGCCAGAGUUGGUGAGGUGUUGGCGGCCAAGAGGCGGAACUUGGUGGUCCCGGCUGACGUCGGCCUGGAGGCGCUGCCAGGACCCAAGCAGGUCUUUCUUUCAGUGCUGGAACCAAAGACCCGCUUUAAAGCGGCCCGUCACCAGUGUCUGAAAAUUGACCAACCCCAGCUGGUCGAAGCGAUCAUCUUUGCCUUUGGGCGGCUCGGCCCCGAAGCUUCGCUCUGGCCACGCUCGGGCUCUGCUCUCCGACUUCGUUUCAAGAAACUGCUCGCCGCGGUCGGGCUUCCUAUUGGAGCAGUUGAAGGAGUGCGGGACUUUGACCUCGCCAGCCUCCGCGCAGGAGGCGCCACAUGGCUGAUGAACGUUACAGAAUCUCCAGAUCUGGUCAGGCGACGCGGCCGCUGGAUCACGAACAAGGUGAUGGAGAUUUACGUACAGGAGGUUUCUGCGAUGAUGUAUCUUCCCCGCUUGGAGCAAGGCCAACGGAAAAACCUCUUUGCAUGGACAAACUCCUUUCAGUCAGCCUUCGAGUUUGCCCAGUGGAGCUCGUCGCUCCACCUUUCUCCGAGCCUGAGGCACGUUCUGCUGCAGCACGGCGUUUGCAAUGCUUGA